AAAACCGCCUGUGUGGAGUUGAUCGGCUGCAGAACAGAGCUGGUGGUGGUGGUGGGGGGGGGGGACCUGACGCGUCACAUGAGCCGCUCCCGCGGGUUUACGCGCCGGGGAGAGCCGCUCCGUGCCCGCCUCCGUCCGGGUCCUCCUCCGCGUGAUUCCAGCUCGAUCUCACCUGUUGGUGCCGACCUGUCAGAGAGAAAAAACAGUCCAGAGGAACACAGUAGACCGGUAGAGCAGCCGGAUCCACGACAGGCAGCUGAGGCGGAGGCGCGUAUUUGCGCGCCCGGAGCGGCGAAAGCAAAACGGCGCUCAAAGUUCGUUGAGGGGCCCACACCUCCCGCCGAGCGAGUUGGAUCACGUCUUCCAGAAAUGCCCCAGCGUAACAUGGAAAACGCCAGGAGCCAGUGGCAGCGGGAUGUCCGGCAGCCUUGGAUCACCAGAGUGGCCGGGGGUCAGAGCCCCGCCUCCUCGGGGGCGGAGUCAGACACAGAGAGCAGCAGCACGGAGAGCGAGAAGUCCUGCAUCAAAAAGCUGGAGGUGGGCUCACUGAAGAGCCUGUCGUCGCCCUCAAUGCUCCAGAAUCGCAUAGCGGAUAUCAAACAACAAGAAGAGGAGCUGAAGAUUGAGCUGCAGCUGGAGAUCGCCCUGCUGCAGGGAGAGCUGCAGACCGACAAACAGCAGCUGCACAGACAGACGCAGAAGCUCCACGCUCUGCAGCAGCAGGCCAGGGAAAAAGAGCAGCAGAAGCAAGCAGACAGGCUCAAGGAGCGUAAGAGUCUGGAGGAGGAGAGGUCCAAGGUGGAGGAAAUGAAGAAGCAGUGUGAGGAGAAAGAGAAACUGAUCCCCACUCAGCCAGAGAGUCAAAGAGAACAGCUGACACUGCAGCUGCAGCAGGAGAAGGAGGCGAUGGAAGCUGCAGCCCGGGCUUUCGAGGACUGGGAAUUUCGCGUCCUGGAGCGGGAGAGCGGCCUCGACGAGGACGAUGACAGCGAAAGCGCGGCGGAAAACAGAAACCAUGGAAAGCUGGAGAAGGAAAUCUCGUGCCAGCAGCACGUGGUGAAAACGGCGCAGGAGCGAGUCCAGCAGUUGGCGAAACAACUGAGUGAGAUGGAGAAGGAGAAGGAGAGGGAGCUGACCACCUUAAGGAAGGAGAAGAGAGAGCUCAUCCACAAGGCCCAAACGGUUGUCAAAGAGAAGAAGCCGUUUACUGAUUGGUCGAACAUCACCAGCUCAGCUCCCUGCAUGAUGUCACUUUCUCCUUUAUCAGUUCACAAGCCUCCACAGGAACCCUGCAAAGAAACUGCCAGCUUGCCCAGAAGACGAAGCUCACACCGCAACAGCAGACUCAGCGACCGGCCCAUGUCUCUGCAGGGGUUGGUAAGGAUGCUUCCCGACAGCCAGGCGACUGAGGCCUACACUUCCCCCAUUACCUCCCAUAGAUUCAGCAACGGGCACGGUGACGUGCACAGACCAGGGACCAGCAACGGGAUCCUCACUCCAUGCAACAGUGUGACAAGCUCUCGAGCUGCCAGCCCGUGUCUUUUGGAUCUUGUAGAGAUUGAGAGGAAAUUGAGGGAAGCCAAAGCAGAGAGAGAGAGGCUACUCAGAGAAAGGGAAGAACGACGGCUGUUGUUGCUGGAGGAAAGAAGCAGAGAACUGAACUCAUCCAGAGAAACACCAUCCAAGCCAGAGAUCCAGAGGCCAGAAGCAGAACCAAAUGAGUUACCAAAGGCUAUUUCCCCUCAAAACUCCCCUGAGCGGCGCAGCCUGCCCCUCUUCCUCUCUGCGAACUUUGACCUGCGGGCCCACGUGGAGUCUCUGGGUCACGGGGUCGCCGGCUGCACGGACCUGCGGCUGACGUCCCGACGCUGUGCGGGCUUCCUGACCAAACGAGGGGGCAGGGUGAAGACGUGGAAGAAGAGAUGGUUCCUGUUCGACAUGGAUUGCAGACGACUAGCCUACUAUACAGACUGUGAUGAGAGAAAACUGAAAGGAGUCAUCUACUUCCAGGCAAUAGAAGAAGUUUACUAUGACCAUUUAAGAACAGCUGCCUCUUCUCCAAGGCCCAGUUUGACAUUCUGUGUGAAGACAUAUGACCGCCUCUUCUUUCUGGUGGCUUCUAAUGCAGUGUCCAUGAGGAUCUGGAUAGAUGUCAUUGUCACGGCAACGGACGAGCACAGCCGUUACUGAACUUUCCCAAAUGUGACUGUCAAGCUAAGAGUUAAGCUACUGAGCAGGCAACGCAACAGGAGGACUUGUCCCCCCAAAAACUGUCUAGUUUGGCCGUACGCCUGCCUUCUUGGAGUAACGAACCUCAUGCAGAGGUACGAUGGAGUGGGACCUCAAGAGAUGAUCAAAUAAUGAGGAGGAAGCUGUUACAAACCCAGGGCUGGUGACAGGAGUUCAUCAGCAGCACACCAGUGGAGGAAACGAAUCACAAGCCUCCACAUUGGAGGCUGUUACAGGAAGGCAUUUCUCUCUGGCUUUGACCGCCCCCUGCUGGUCAUAAUCCUGCAUUACAGGACUUGAAGAACACUACAG